CACUGUCAAUGUUUGACGUUUAACUUCACCACUUCACCGCACGUGUAUUAUUUUAUGUUUUGUAUUAUUAGCGUGAAUAGUGAAUAAUAUUUUAAAGAGUUUUUAAUUAAAAUAUUAUAAUAAAUAUUCAAGAAAUGGCGCCGAACACAGCUCCUGCAAUUAGUGUAACGUCGCAACCAAAAAAUAAAAAAAUCGUGUUCGACGAUGAAGGAGAAGUCCUGGAUGAGGCAAUCGUUAAAAAAUCAAAUGCUGGGAAAAAGGAAAAGAAGAAAACGCUGCAAGCAGAUGAUUCGGACCAAAGUAUAAAUACAGCAACUGCAGUUAGUAUAACAACGCAACCAAAAAAUAAGAAAAUCGUAUUCGGCGAUGAAGGAGAAGUCUUGGAUGAGGCAGCUCUUAAAAAAUUAAAUGCAAAAAAGGAAAAGAAGAGGAAGAAGUCUAAAGUAAAUGAUACGGAACAGGAUAUAAAAUCUGAAGAUGAUGCGCAAGAAUCCCAUGAAGCGGAGGAUGACGAAAAUGAUUACUUUGCCAAACGUGAAAAACAACGUCAAAAGCAGAAAGAAGAAAACGACGAAGCGGAUACCAAUAGAAAGUGGUUCAAUGUGUAUACUGAUUAUCCUUCAACGGAGGAGGUGCUAGACAUGAAAGACUCGGAGCAGAUGGAAUUAUACAAUAUAUGCAAAAAUGCUUUCGACGCUGAAAUGCCAACUUUCUUGAAACAUAAUGCUUCAGAUGCGCGUUGGUUACAAACUGCACUACGAAAGGGCACAGCUAAAGAUCGUGCUAAUGCCGGUGCAUUAUUAGUCACAAGUAAUCCCUUAGGAAAUUUGGAAGCGCUCAGCACUUUGAUUGGUUUUACCAAAAUAUCGAAUAAAGCAUCCAACGAUGUGGUGACUAUAUUGGUAGAUUUGUGGAAAAAAGUUUUGCUGCCACCACAUCGCAAACUUUUAUCACUACAAAUGCGUGGCGCUGAUUGGAAGUUGGUGCGCAAAAAUACGGCAUUAACUAAUGAUAAACAACGGCGUAUAUAUGCUUACUGGCAUUUCGAGAAUGAAUUGAAAGAACACUACUUUGAAUUUCUAAAAAAUCUACAACAAGCGCUACAAACGGGUCAAGAACAUAAUAAGAAUUCCGCCAUAGUAGCUGCAUCGCAAUUGCUAUCUUACGCACCUGAGAAAGAACAAAUGUUACUAACAUUACUAAUCAACAAACUUGGUGAUCCUACGCCUAAAGUCGCCUCAAAAGCAUUGCAUCACCUUACAGAGGUUGCGCAUCGUCAUCCCAAUAUGUGUGGUGUUAUUGUUGCUGAAUCCGAGAAGUUACUUUUCCGUAACAACAUCUCAGAUCGCGCACAACAUUUUGCGCUAUGCUUUCUAUCCAGUAUAGCACCGGCGGGACGCCCUGAAGUUUGUACGAAAUUGGUAAACGUAUGCUUCGCUCUCUUCAAAGUGCUUGUACAGAAGGGCGCAGUGAAUAAUCGUACAAUGCAAGCAAUUCUACGUUGUUUACAAAAGGCCAUUGUAGAGGCAAAACCGGGUGAAGGCUCCACGGAAAUUCUCACCAAAGACAUGCAGGACACCAUUUAUCGUCUAGUGCAUUUGGCAGAUAUACAUGUUUCAGUGCAGACAUUGGGUUUACUCUUACAAUUGCUGACUGUGAAAACCGAAAAGUCGGACCGCUUCUACAAUGCACUCUAUAAGAAGAUGAAUGACUUGGAAGUGGUGAAUAUUGGUGUUAAAACCGCUGCGCAACUACUGAAUAUCAUUCAUCGUGCCAUACAUAUCGAUACAAAUGUGCCGCGUGCGCAAGCGUUCAUCAAACGUUUGCUACAAUGUGCGCUCUAUAUGCCCUCCAACACGGCCGCUGGUUGUCUGAUUGUCGUGCAUAAAUUGUUGCGUAGCCGCAAAGAGUUGGCCGGCGGCAUCAGUCAUUUUGGUAAUGGUGAAAAAUCUAACGGUGAAUUGCCAGCUGCUCUACAAGUGCAAGCUACCGAUGCGGAAUUGUCCAAGUUUGACAGUGACGGUGAGGAAAAAUACGAGGAUAUCAAGGAUGAAGACGAAGGUGCCGAGGAAGUUAAAAGCGACGAAGCUGCGGAAAAUCCCACGACGGCUUCUUCAUGGCAUCACGCAAAGGUAGCAUCAACAGCUACGGAGGAAAAAGUACGUGAAAUGGCGCCAAGCAAAUACGAUCCGUAUCAUCGAGCGCCUUCUUUUGCUGGCGCUGAGUUUGCAUUGCGUGAUGAAUUACUGCUGCUGCGCGAACAUUACCACCCCACAAUUCAGGUGUUUGCCGAGAAAAUAUUGAAUCAAAACAAAAUAGAUUAUUAUGGUGAUCCGCUGCGUGACUUCGGUCUGCCACAUUUUCUGGAGCGCUUUGCCUUCAAAAACCCCAAAAAGUUAGAUAGCCAAAAGGAUGAGGCGCCUGUAAUAUCGCAUAAGCGCUAUGUGGCGUUCGGCACGCGCGGCAAGCCAAUCAAAAAUUUGACUAAGACCAACUGCACCGAGGACGAGAUGUUUAUUUUCAAUUUCCUUGAACAGAAACGCGCGCAAGCAGCAUCGAGCAAAGUAAAGAAGCAGCCUGAAGCUGAGAAUGAGGAAGAUGAAAUGCUAAAGGACGGCGAAAUAGGCGAUGAUGAAUUUGAGGAAUACCUUGGCAGUUACUUUGGCAAGAAAGCUAAAGCGGCGGCUGAUGCUGAGGAAGAUGAAGAGCUGGAUUUCUUAAAAGAAUUGGGUGGCGAAUUGAAGUCGGAAGCCAAAACGAAGAAGAAGAAGAAGGGUGCAGACGAAGAUGAUGAUGACGAUGGUAUGGCAGACGUUGAUGCAGAUUGGGGUGACGAUGAUAUCGACGAGGCUGAUUUCGCCGGUGGUAGUGAUGCAUCUGACGAUGAGGAAGGUUCCAUUAAUGAAAAUUAUGAUGACGACGAUGAUGAUGGCUCAAUAUCACUAGACGAGGAGGAUGCACCAGCUGAUUUGAGUGACGAUGAAGCAGAUGGCAGCAUGUCGGAGGGUAUGAGUGGUGCCGAAGACGACGAUGAUGAUGAUGAUGAUGAGGAUAGCGGUUUGGCAACUUCGAAGGGUAAAAAAUCACAAAAACGUUCACUAGCCAUGAAUGGGAAGAGUUUCGCAAAGAAACUUAAGCAUAGCGAUGAUAUGAGUUCACUGUUCGCCGCCGCAGACGAUUUUGCUGAACUUUUGGAGGAAACGGGUAAAACAAAGGGACAGGGUACUUCAAAGGCAAUUUUCAAUAAGGACAAAUCUUCAGCGAAACAAAUGAAAUGGGAAGAGAAACGACACUCCAACUCAAAAUCAUACACCAAGCGUUCGAAAAAAGCUGGUGUGAGUAAAAAGAAUAUUGGUAAAAAAAGAAAAUAAAUCAAAAUAGACACUAAUUUGAAUUUGUUAAAUUUUAUAAGAAAUAAAUAAAACAAUAUAGUAAUAAAUAUAAAAAAUUGUAA